UAUAAUAUUUACACGAUGAAUUAAUUUUGAAAGUCAUUGUUCAUACAGAUCUAUAUAUUAUCUUACGGCCAGAAGUCUGUUUAUUACUGGGAGGAGAGUCGCUGUGGGCAGUCGACAAUGAAUAAAAUAAAAUUCAAAGUUAAUGGCAUCGAACAUUCUGUGGGAUGCGACGUGAGUUCAGACGUGAUGCUGCUGGACUACCUGAGGGACCACAUCGGCCUCCGCGGUACCAAGUACAUGUGUCGGGAAGGUGGCUGUGGGGGGUGCGUGGUCAGCGCUUCCUCACCGUCAUCAGAACCGUAUGCUAUAAACUCGUGCUUAAAACCAGUAACAGCAUGUCAUGGUUGGGAGAUCACUACCAUUGAAGGGCUAGGUAACAGGAACAAAGGCUACCAUGAGCUCCAAACGACACUGGCAGAGAAGAAUGGCUCCCAAUGUGGCUACUGCUCACCAUCCUGGGUUAUGGCGAUGAACAGUCUGCUUGAAGAAAAUCCAAAUAUCACGAUGCUGGAAAUUGAAAAAUCUCUAAGCAGUCAGACUUGCCGCUGCACUGGCUACAGACCUAUCCUAGAAGCCUUCAAGAGUUUUGCUUCAGAUGCCCCCAGGCAAAUCAAAAUCAUGGACAUAGAAGACCUUAAAAUCUGCAAGAAAACUGGAGGGACUUGUAACAAGAGUCACUGUGAAGAUAGUGAAUGGUGCUUUGUAGACCAAGAAGCUGAUAAUGAUGUCAUUGAAAUUCAACUGAAAGAUGACAGAAUUUGGUUUCGAGUUCAAAGAGUCAAAGAUAUAUUCAAAAUAUUGAAGAGAGAAGGCGAUAGUUCUUAUAUGCUUCUAAGUGGGAACACAGCGAGAGGAGUAUAUCCCAUAGAUGAAUACCCUCGUAUCAUCAUAGACAUAAGUGGAGUUCAGGAGCUGAAAGGCUACUCGCUUGACCAGAACCUGAUCGUGAACGCUGGGACCACUCUCACGGAGUUCUUGCAGAUACUGAAGACUGUAGCUAAAGAAGAAUACUUUGGAUAUCUGCAGAAGAUUUACGAUCACAUUGAAAAAGUUGCUCACAUUCCUGUUAGAAAUGUGGCGACGAUCGCAGGCAACCUUAUGAUGAAGAACCAACACAACGGGUUCCCAUCAGACAUUUUCUUGCUUUUGGAAAUGAUUGGGGCACAAGUUACUAUACAGAAGAGUCUGUUGAUAAAGAAAACGCUGACAAUGCAAGAGUUCCUCAAAACGAACAUGAGAGGGUAUGUCCUACGUAACGUGAUGUUACCACCUCUUAAUGAGAGUCACCGUAUCUUCACUUACAAGAUAAUGCCUCGAGCUGAGAAUGCUCGCGCUAUGGUUAAUGCGGGAUUUUUGUACAAGUUGACGAGUGACAACGUGGUACAAAGUGCGAGGAUAGUGUUUGGAGGUCUUUCGCCUAAAUUCGUCCGCGCUACUGCCACGGAACAGUUCUUAGUUAAAAAGAAGCUGUUCACUAAUGAGACCUUAACAUCAGCCCUCAAGAUCAUGGAGCAGGAGCUGAUAGUUGAAGAGAGUCCUCCAGAUCCUACAGUGGAGUAUAGGAAGAAGGCAGCCCUGGGGUUAUUUUAUAAAGGUCUUCUAGCGCUGUCGCCUGAAACGAACCUGAAUACUCGCUACAAGUCGGGAGCGACGAACUUGCACGAUGAGCGUCCAGUCUCCAGAGCUGCGCAAGUGUUUGAUACCAACACCACGGUCUGGCCCAUUAACAAACCUAUAACAAAAGUGGAAGCAGUGAUACAAUGUGCGGGAGAAGCUUUCUACACUGAAGACUUGCCUCAAUAUCCUGAUGAAGUAUACUGUGCCUUGGCUUUGACUACAGUUGCGCUUGGAGAUAUCGUUUCUAUCGAUGCCAGUAAAGCGUUGGCCUACCCAGGAGUAAUAGCUGUCUACACAGCAGACGAUAUACCAGGAAUAAACUCCUUCACUCCACCUGACUCAUUUUUGUAUUCAGCUAACGAAGAAGUAUUAGCACAGGGCACAGUCAAAUACUUUAAUCAGCCAAUGGCUAUAGUGGUAGCUGAGACUCGUUAUAUCGCUGACAGAGCUGCGAAAUUAGUAACAGCUACGUAUGCUAAUGUCAAAGAACCACUACUAGAUAUAAAACAGACUAUAAACGACUCUAGUAGAAGUACAAAAUAUACGAAUGUAGCUUCAACAGACACUGGCACAGAUGUGGCAGAAGUCAUAAAAGGAUUUAAUGAGAUCCAUGCCCAGUAUCAUUACGUCAUGGAAACCGUGACCACUGUUGUGAAGCCGUCGGAUGAAGGGCUGGAUGUCUACUGUUCUACGCAGUGGAUGGAAGGAGUACAAUUGAUGAUAUCGAGAGCUUUGAAUUUGAGUCAAAACCAGGUUGACGUGCACACCCGUCGUUGCGGAGGAGCUUAUGGUUUGAAACUAUCUCGUAGUACUCAAGGAGCUAUAGCUGCUGCUCUCACAGUACUGAAACUGAAUAGACCAUGUCGAUUUAUUCAGUCAUUGACUACUAACACGAGAGCCUUGGGUAAGAGGUUGCCAGCCUGUUCAGAUUUUGAGGCGGGAGUAAACAGUUCCGGAGUAAUACAAUACAUUAACUACAAUGUAUAUGAAGACAACGGAUACAAGACAAACGAACAAUUUACUCAACUUGGCGUGGGCCAAUUCAACAAUGCCUACAAUAGGGCGCGUUGGAAUUAUACAAGCUAUGAUAGUAUCACUGAUACUGCCAAGAAUACAUGGGCAAGAGCACCAGGCACUCUGGAACAUGUUGCGAUGGCCGAACUGGUGUUGGAACAAAUAGCUUACGAAAUGAACCUAGAUCCUUUAGACGUCAGGCUAGCUAAUUUAGAUACACAAUACGCCAGUGACAUCAAAGAAAUGGUUGAUUAUUUAAUGAUACAAGCGGAUUAUCCUAAAAGACGUGAAGCAGUGAAUAAAUUUAACACUGAAAACCGAUGGAAGAAACGGGGUCUAAGGUUCGCUCUUUUGCGGUGGACACCUGUGGGAGGCAUAAAUCUUUAUAUUAAUUUAUCAGUAUAUCGUGGAGAUGGUUCCGUGGUUAUCACGCAUGGUGCCAUAGAAAUGGGACAAGGAAUCAAUACUAAGGCGAUUCAAAUUGCAGCUUACUUGCUGAACAUUCCUGUAGAGAAAAUUAUAGUGAAGGAGAAUAACACUGUGAUAGCACCAAACUGUUCCUUGUCUGGAGGAAGUAUUAUGAAUCAGAAUGUUAUAUUGGGAGUAAAACGAGCUUGUCAACAACUACUCGAAAGAUUAAAGCCAGUAAGAGAUACUAUGGAUAAUCCUACAUGGGAAGAACUGAUAACUAAAGCGUAUAAUAGUAACGUGGAUUUGCAAGCUCAUGGAUUUACAAGAACCGAUGAGGAGUAUCCUUUCCCAGUGUAUGGAGUAACGUUAGCUGAAGUAGAAGUAGACAUAUUAACUGGCCAGUCUGAGUUACUGAGAGUAGAUCUUUACGAAGAUGCUGGACAGAGCGUUAGUCCAGAAAUCGAUAUUGGUCAAGUGGAAGGUGCUUUCAUGAUGGGUGUGGGAUACUGGACUUCUGAGCAGCUAAUAUAUUCUCCGACUGGAGAACUCCUCACAGACAGGUCGUGGAACUACUACGUGCCUCUGUGUAGAGAUAUACCUCGAGAUUGGAGGGUCUACUUCAGGAAGAAUUCUUAUAGUUCGGAUACUGUUUUUGGGUCUAAGUGUAUCGGUGAGCCACCAAUUUGUAUGGCGGUGGUAGUGGCUCUGGCUAUGCGGGAAGCUAUCGUCGCAGCCCGAUUGGAGGCAGGCAUUCCUACCACAGAGUGGUUCCAAGAACAGGGACCCUACACUGUGGAACGAAACUUGCUGCUCUCGUCCACUAAUGUAGCUGAUUUUAAGUUUAAUUGAAGAAUAUAAAUAUUUUACAUGACACUUGCAAUAAUACGUAUUUUAAUUUCUUUAAAUAAAUUGAGUAAUGUGGGUUCAAAUAA